CGACUACCGGAGCGGUUUGGACAGCACACAGGGCAAAGAUGGCGGCCGAGAGGCAGGAGGCGCUGAGGGAGUUUGUGGCUGUGACGGGAACCGAAGAAGAUCGGGCUCGCUUCUUCCUCGAGUCGGCCGGCUGGGACCUGCAGAUCGCCCUAGCAAGCUUUUAUGAGGAUGGAGGGGACGACGACAUUGUGACCAUUUCGCAGGCAACCCCCAGUUCAGUGUCCAGAGGCACAGCUCCCAGCGAUAACAGGGUAACAUCCUUCAAAGACCUCAUUCAUGACCAAGAUGAGGAUGAGGACGAGGAAGAGGGCCAGAGGUUUUAUGCCGGAGGCUCUGAGAGAAGUGGACAACAGAUCGUUGGCCCUCCCAGGAAGAAAAGUCCCAACGAGCUGGUGGAUGAUCUGUUUAAAGGUGCCAAGGAACAUGGAGCUGUAGCUGUGGAGCGAAUGACCAGGAGCCCCGGAGAGACCAGUAAACCGAGACCAUUUGCAGGGGGUGGCUACCGCCUUGGGGCAGCACCAGAGGAAGAGUCUGCCUACGUGGCAGGAGAAAGAAGGCGGCAUUCUGGUCAAGAUGUUCAUGUGGUGUUGAAACUCUGGAAGAGUGGAUUCAGCCUGGACAAUGGUGAACUCAGAAGCUACCAAGACCCGUCUAAUGCCCAGUUUCUGGAGUCCAUCCGCAGAGGGGAGGUGCCAGCAGAGCUGCGGAGGUUAGCUCACGGUGGGCAGGUGAAUUUGGACAUGGAGGACCACCGAGAUGAGGACUUCGUGAAGCCCAAAGGAGUCUUCAAAGCCUUCACUGGCGAGGGUCAGAAGCUGGGCAGCACGGCACCCCAGGUGUUACAUACCAGCUCUCCAGCCCAACAAGCAGAAAAUGAAGCCAAAGCCAGCUCUUCCAUCUCCAUCGACGAGUCACAGCCUACCACAAACAUCCAAAUACGGCUUGCUGACGGUGGGAGGCUGGUGCAGAAAUUUAAUCACAGCCACAGGAUCAGCGACAUCCGACUCUUCAUCGUGGAUGCCCGGCCAGCCAUGGCUGCCACCAGCUUUGUCCUCAUGACUACCUUCCCGAACAAAGAGCUGGCUGAUGAGAACCAGACCCUUAAGGAAGCCAACCUGCUCAACGCCGUCAUCGUGCAGCGGUUAACAUAGCCACCCAGCCCUGCCGGGCGGCCUCGCCUUCCUCCCGUGUUUCCCACAGCCAGCUGCCCUGUGGGGACCACCCCUCCAACCCGUUCUUGAACACCCAGCAGUCCAGUGCCACGUCUCCUCCGUAGCUCUGGGUUCUUAGAUCUCAGUUGGACAUUUGUUUUCUCCUUAGUUGCAUUUCCUGGGUUUUUGUGACGAUCAAUGGACUUUAAAGAAAAAAAUAAAAACAACCAAAAAAAAUGGAAGGAAUAUCACCAGCAUGUUAUACGGAACCUCUCCUCUCCCACUGAAGUAGGCUUUGAUUGUUUUAAAAUCGUUUACCUCCAGGGUGUGCAUAAAAAUUGCUGUGGCACACAGUACCUGUCCACUCUGUGUGUGCACCUGCCCCCCCCAUGAUAACUAGUGGAGGAUUUCCCCCUUAUAAGGAAGGAAGUGGGGGACCCAUGGAAAGAGGCUUUGCAGCCACUUACUCCCAUAGGAACAGACUCUACCCAGGUGAGACCAGGCAGCAGUAAGAGUCCCAUGAAGUGUGCAGUCAGAGCUAGAUGCGCACAACCCCUUCAGACGAAAAUAAAUACUUCUUGGGGCUCCUGUCACUCAAACCUGGGAAAUUCGAUUUUCUGAGACUCUUGAUACCUGCCAGCCACAGCCCUUUCCUCCCUCAUCACCUGGUGAUUCCAGCUGCUCACGUGCAGAAAUGUGGACCUAGGGAGUAGGUGGGGUACUUUCAUUGGUUAUUAACAGCUCGUGCCAACCCGAAUGAGUUCAGUUAUGGUAUCUUGGUGAGGAACAAUCAAGAUACCACUGAGCUAUUUGUUAUUGUGCAGGACAAAUGCUGAGAGGGGCUGGUUCCUUUGCUAUCUGCACUUUUUACUGUGUUAGUGUUUGCAGGAGGCCUGGACGGAGUGAAUUUUGACAGUAAGAGUAAGGUCUGUGCCUGGCUUUGGUGUGCGGGCUCUGCCUCACAGUUGUUCUCUGCCCUGCGAAGUUCACACUUGCAGCAGUUUGGGCAGUCUUGUAUAGACACUCCCCCCCCCCCCCCCCCAAUAAAUAAGUGUGCUUUUCUUCUGUGCAAGUUUGGGAGAGGAGGAUCACGGGGGGCUUGGAAGCCUUUCCACCUCCCUGUUAAGUGAACCACAGACUUAGAAUCAACACUGACUCAAUCUCCUGGUUUUAAAUCAUAAUGUGCCUCAGUCCUCUUUCCAAGCAGUCCGCCAAUCACUCCACAUCCUGCAACAAGCCAAGAACCACCACUGCUUAUACCCAGAGUUGGGGAACUCCUUGGAUUUCAACCGAGACCCAUCCUGAGAAAGGGACCCAGCUUGGUGCUUCUGAUCCCAAACUGGCAGGGGCCUGCCAGGGCUGCAGCAUCUGCCACAAGCGUGUCCUCCAGCAGGUGGCAGCAACUGUGGAAAACAGUGCAGGUCUGGAAAAGCUGUACAUUAUUGUCACCUUGACCAUUAAAAACCAGAAUAAGGACAAUGGAGUUUG